AUCACAAGGAAACUUGUUUCCUGUAAUUCACAUUUGUUUCUUGGCAAUCGGGAGACGCUGUAAAUCCUUCGAUUCCUGGUCUCCUCGAUCAAUUCAUGAACCUGCAUUGUACGGAUCCUAUCGGCAUUUCAAAUUCUGGAUUUUCUUUUUUGAUUUUGUUUCCUUGAAAUUUCCUGGAUUUGAAUUUCGGGUUCUGGAACCUGCAAUUCCUUGGCAAUGGAUGUAAACGAGAAUGUGAAUCAAUAUGUAGGGAUUUGAAUCCUCUGCAUUUGUUUGGAUCAAAUCUGGGAAAUGCAAAUGGAUUUACUUUUCGCACGGAUCGGAUCGAGAAAUCUUUCACAUAAGUGUUAGCUGGUUUUUUUGACCUGCAUUUAGUCAAAGGGAAUCAGAUUUUGUUUAGGAUUUGAGAAAUUUAGUGUUGCAGUUGGAUACUUUAAUACAUAGAUGGAUCCGAUAUCGGCAGUUAGCGAAGAGCUUGGGCAGAUCGACGGGCAGAUAGCUGAUAUUUUUCGAGUCUUAUCAAAUGGGUUUCAGAAAUUGGAGAAGAUCAAGGAUGUUAAUAGGCAGAGUAGGCAGUUGGAAGAGCUUACUGAGAAGAUGCGGGAGUGUAAAAGGCUUAUCAAAGAUUUUGAUAGGGAAGUGAAAGAUAUGGAGAGUAGAAAUGACCCAAACACUAAUAAAAUGCUGAAUGAGAAAAAGCAAUCAAUGAUCAAAGAGUUGAAUUCUUAUGUGGCUCUAAAAAAGCAACAUGCAGCCAGUCUUGAAAGCAACAAGAGAGUUGAUCUUUUUGAUGGGCCUGGUGAAGAAUUAAAUGAAGAAAAUGUAUUGCUAGCUUCAUCUAUGACAAAUCAGCAGUUAAUGGAUCAUGGAAACCAAAUGAUGGAUGAGACUGACCAUGCAAUUGAGAGGGGUAAAAAGAUUGUUCAAGAGACCAUAAAUGUCGGAACAGAAACAGCAGCAGCUCUUAAGGCUCAGACUGAACAAAUGAGUAGGAUUGUUAAUGAGCUUGACUCUAUCCAUUUCUCAAUCAAGAAAGCUUCUCAAUUGGUCAAGGAAAUUGGUAGGCAGGUUGCAACUGACAAGUGCAUUAUGGCAAUGCUUUUCCUUAUUGUCAUUGGAAUCGUAGCAAUUAUUAUUGUGAAGCUUGUAAAUCCAAACAACAAGGACAUUCAAGACAUUCCAGGAUUAGCCCCUCCUGCUCAGAGUCGCAGAUUACUUUGGUUUCCUAAUUAAGAAGCAAAGUUGCCAAAGGAUCACCUCAUGAGCUACUUGGGAUAAUUCAUACAAUAUGACGGAAACGGAGGAUGGAUCCAGCAUUGCACGAAAACCUUGGUGGAGUAACUGGUGUGUUUUUUCUGUAAAAGAAAUGAUCUCCAAUUGAGGGAAACCUAACAAAAAAAUAUAUUUAUUUUGAGUGUUUUGGUUCAUACUAUGUAUGCCCUUUUAUGUUUUUUUUUUUUUUU